AUGGUACCCAGCCUAAUCACACCGCCUCCGAGCCGCUCUGGAGAAGCCACACCACCAAAAGAUGCCUGUCUGUACCCGGUCAAUGGCGCCGAACCCGAGGGUCACUGGAUACGACUUCCAGAAGCGCUGUUCUCGUCAAUUAUGGCAGUGGAACCAGAAGUCAAUCCCUUGUACAAGACAUCGAAAGCUUUAUCAGACGAAUGGCUGAAAACUGCAUUGCGGAUGAACGACAAGACAGCGACCGUCUGGAGUCGGCUUGACAUUGCCUACAUGAGCGCAAUAUGCGCGCCGCAUGCUGAUCUCGAAACACUUAAACUGAUGAAUGACUGGAAUGGAUGGGUCUUUGCAUUCGAUGACCCCUUUGACGAGGGAACAUUUGCCAAUGACCCCAUCAAAGCAGCUGAAGAAGUCAUCUAUACACUCUCGACCCUCGAUAAUAUCCAUCCCGUUGUCUCACCCGACGAGAACCCACUGCGACAUACCCUCCAAUCCUGCUGGAUGCGUUUCAGAGAGCGAUCUAGCCCGAGUCUACAGUACCGAUGGAAGAAGCACCUUACCAUGUACUGUGUCGGCGUGCUGCAACAGGUUGGCGUCCAGCAUAGGGCGACACGGCCUACAAUCGAGGAGUACAUGGACAUGCGCGCUGGUUGCGUAGGAGCUUACCCCUGCAUUGGGCUCAUGGAACAAAACGACUUGUGCUCGUACCGAAAGGAUUUGAUCCAGGGUGAAGAGAGUAACAUCAUCUUCAUCCUGAAGGAUCAGGGCAUGACUGAUCAGCAAGCGGUUGACCAGAUUGGGGAGAUGCUCUAUGACUGCUACCGAAGAUGGCACAUGGCCUUGGCGAAUCUGCCGUUCUGGGGUGAGGGCAUUGACAGGGAUGUCAUAAAGUUUGUCAAUGGAUGCCGAAAUAUCGCACUCGGUAACCUUCACUGGAGUCUAUACACGUUCAGAUAUCUUGGCAACGAUGGUCCAGAAGUAAAGAGGACUCGCAUGAUGAAGCUCCCUUAG